AUGGCGCCCGCGUGCCGGCGCCUUGCGCUCCGCGCCCCGCUUCCGACCUUGCUGCUCCCGUACCUUGUGGCGCUGCCCUCCCUCGGCAAGCGCGACCACUUGUUCGCCGAGGUGGAGCUGGGCGAGACCGCUCUGGUGGUCGAGCCGGGCCCGGCCAAGAGCCAAAACGUGUCCGAGAUUGUGGGCGCCGCGACGGAGCAGACGCUCGAACCCCUGCAACGGACCCAGAAGGAGCUGCAGGCGAAGCUGCAGGGACUGGACGCCAAGAUGGUUGAGCUGAAGGAUAAUCAAACCGCCCUGCAGGAGGAGGCGCAGCGCGAAGAAAAGCGCGCGCAGACCGAUGAGAAACUCAAGAGGAUGUACACCGACUUGCUGAACAAGGCCAUUAACGGGUUAAGGGCGCUCGAAGAAAACUACACGUCCAACACCAAGGAGGGCGUCCAACUCCUACGCUGCCUCAAUGGAGAUUGCGGAACACUGGGCGAGACCAGCAUCGAGGUGUUGAAGAGGCAGCAGGAGAUCGAGCAGCAGGUGAUGGAGGGGCAGGAGCAGCAGGUGAUUAAAGGGCGGCCUCAGCGGCCCGAGCUCCCCCGACGGGGGGCGCCGAGACGCGGCGCCGCCCCGCGCGGCGCGCCAGCUCGACGCCGACCCGAAGAAAGACGCGGCCGCGGAGGACAAGGAGGGCAUCUUCAAAUGGUUGUGGAGAAAGAUCUUCGGAUUUGA